GGGAUAGAGAGAGAACAACUGCGAAGAAAAGAGAUGGACCUCAGAAGAACCCAGAGAUAAAACUGUAGUUUUGAAUGACCACCUGGCUUGCAGAACAAUGUGAAGAGAUGCAGAGAGCUGAAUUAUUGAGACGAAAACAGCACAUCCGGUGAGAACAAUAUCUCUUCUGUCCGCCUUUGCUUGGCAACAUCGCAUCCACAGUUGACACCGGCCCUGUUUAUCUUUGUGGAGCAACAAGCCGAGCACUGUGACUGUCUCUCAUGUCAUCUCUGACAUGAUGCUCCAGACGCUGAAAGAGAUAAUGCUGCCGCUCCUGAUGAUGAUGAUGAUGAUGAUGAUGAUAUCUAACAUGGGUCAGUCACAUAUCUGACAAUCCUGCAGGACAGACAUAUGCUGCUUGUCUGUUAAGGCAGCAGCAGAGACAAACAGGAGGAGCUGGCCUGUGUGGAAUCAAUGCCAAUCGCCCGAUUUGACUGGAAGUGCACCGUCUGGACAACUUUGACCAGCCUCCGUAAUCCUCGUGUAACCUCGCUGUUUUGAGCAUCUGUCCAAGCGAGUUAAUCAUGGCCAGCAUGGCGGUUCAACUCCUCGGCUUCUUCUUGGGGCUGUUGGGUUUUGUAGGAACUUUGGUCGCAACUCUGUUGCCCCACUGGCGCAGCACAGCCUACGUGGGCUCAAACAUCAUCACAGCCACUUCCUACAUGAAAGGCCUGUGGAUGGAGUGUGUAUGGCACAGCACUGGCAUAUACCAAUGUGAGCUGUACAGAUCUCUGCUGGCACUGCCGCGCGACCUGCAGGCUGCCCGGGCACUCAUGGUGCUCUCCUGCGUGACCUCAAUCCUUGCAUCUCUGGUGUCUGUGAUGGGGAUGAAGUGUACCCGCUUUGCUCGCGGCUCGUUGAUCAAGUCUCCACUGGCACUAAGUGGGGCGAUUUGUUUCCUCUGUGCUGGCUUGCUCUGCCUGGUCACAGUGUCCUGGACCACCAACGAUGUCAUCAUGGAUUUCUACGACCCCUUCCUCCCCAGCGGGUUGAAGUAUGAGAUUGGCCUGGCCGUGUACCUCGGAUACGCCUCGGCCUGCCUCAGCCUGACUGGAGGACUUGUGCUGUGCUGGAGCAGCAGUGGUAACAGGUCACGGAGCUCCCUCCAUAUGCGGAGACAUCAACCAUCAUCACCUCCCCCUGCCUUCAACCACAUAUAUCCUCCUGCUCCACUCUACAAGCCCCCAGAAGCCCUGAAGGACAAUCAUGCUCCCUCACUGUGCUCCCUUAAUAGCAAUGGUUAUAGACUCAAUAACUACGUCUAAGACUGGAGUAAAUACUAACACCAUAACUGCAAUGCCACAAGGACUGAUAUGAACAAAGAACAUACUAUAUAUACAGUCAUCCGAACACUUCUCCAGCUUAUUUUUAAUAUCUAUUGAUGUAUUGCUGCCUCCUCCAUACACAUAAGACAAGUUUAAAAACUGGGGAAGGACUGGUGUGGUGUGAGAGAGAGAAGUGAGGACUGAAAGAUGUUGUCCUACUGCUUAGGACCAGAAGGUGGCAGUAUUUUACAGCAAAUAACCACAGAAGAAACUCCAGAAGUCAGAGUCCACUCUGUGCCGCAACACUCUGAUGUUAAUGGAUAAGCAAUUGUUCUGUAACUUUCUUGUUGUAGCCUACUUUCUAGUUGGGAUUAACUCAAAGC